AUGUCCGAAUAUCUAGCUCAGACGCCCUGUAAACUCACUAUUUGGUCAAGGGAGAUCGAACUUAUCAGAACGAACCUCUUGGUCAACGCUCAUCCCUUGAGUACGGUCGGCAGGCUGCUCCAAUAUAUCCAUUAUCAAAUACACAAACAAUUAGGGGCUAUCCAUCAGUCAGAUGAACAGUAUUUGACUCCAGCAGCAGACACACCCUUAAAUAGUAUUAAUGUGUAUUUCUUAAGUUACGAAGGUCAAGAGUUAUCUCCAACAUGUUUAUUGAAGGACAUCACAUCACCUGCCCAUCUGGACUCAAACCAUUUUGUUAGAUUACAGUUAGAAAAGCGUGCUUCACCUUCGGGUUCUUCAUUCAAUUUGGAUUACGAUAUGGACACUGAGUUUGACUCGAUGAAUAUACAAUUUGAGAUCAAUACAUUAUCCUCUCAACGUAUAUUCAAUUCCAUGGAGCCAAACCUGCCCAUCGGAACCACAUUGGUUAGGUUAGAGAAAUUAGCAUUGGAACGUAUAAAGAAUUUUGAGAACUCAAUGGGAAAUCUCUGUGGUAUUCAGGAAAAACAUUCAGUGCAUGAUUUUCAAGGAUUCAUAAUAAAGGGGAAACAAACGCCUAUGUUUCUAAACUACGGGAGCGAUUCUGAUUACUAUAAAGAUUUGAAUUUAGUAGAUUUGUUGGGCAUUGAUUUCACACCGGCACAUGAGUCAUUUUUCACAUUUUUGUUCAAGAUGAUUCAUGAACAAGGUUCACAAAUAACAAGCGAUGAGGAGGGGUUUAUAUUGGAAUUCGUAUCUGACGCUACGCUCUCCAUAACGCAUAUGACUGUCCAGCCCGAAACCACAGUAAAGCAAGUGAAGGACUUUAUCUGUUCAGUUUAUACACAUUCAUUAAACCUGAGAAGAAAUGAUAUCAAGUUGAUCUACAAGGGGCAAUUGCUUCAUGAGAGUAAUUUUGCAGGCAACUCGUCCAAGAUCAGUGAAUACAUUAAAGAGCCACACGAAGUAAAAAUUCAUGUGCAAAUUAAUCAGGAAUAUACAGAAUCUGGACCCGGAUUUUGGAAUGAAGUGUUCAAUAACCCAAAUCUUUUCCAAUUUAUGCCCCCAGACACAAGAUCACAGUCUCCUGUUAAUUUUGUCCCCGCGGAAAAACAAUCGCCUGCUGCCAUGGCUGACGAUGAUAAAGGCGUGCAAUAUGUGACUGAAUCUGCCAAUGACUUCAUUGUUCCGACUGAUGAACUUUAUAGAAAAUGCAUCAUUAAUGGGAAUGAAGUGGUCUUCAUUCCCGUCAACGAACUAAACCCGCAAUGCUGUUACUUAUCCGUUACCGGAAGAGAUUAUGACGAAACGAGAAUCCCUCUAUCUCGCGGUGACUACAAGAUCACUGGAGAUAAUAUCCUGCUUUCAUCCUUUGCGAUUGAGCAACUAGAAGCUGCUUUGAACUUCAAGAUUGAAAAGAUACAGGCACCAAUGGACAUGGGACAGAAUGCAUACCUCGGUGAACGAGUCCGAGUCGCAGAUAAUGGGUCGUCUGCCACCGAUAAUGGCGCAAACGAGAUCAACGAGUCAGCAUGGGAUAGGAGAGUCUUGCGUCCUUUGAGAAAUAGCUUUCCUCUGCUACUGGUGUUGGUAAGAACGUUUUACUUAAUCGGCUACAAUUCAUUGGUCCCCUUUUUCAUUAUUUUAGAGUUUGGAAGCUUUCUUCCCUGGAAAUAUAUCAUCUUACUAAGUUUAUUGUUUGUUUUCCGAACGAUUUGGAAUACGCAAGAAGUGUGGAAUUUAUGGAGGGAUUACUUUCACUUGAACGAUAUCGAUGAAGCCAAGUUUGUCCAGAUCAAAAACUUCGUGAACUCCAAUUCAUUGACGUUGGCUUUCUACAAGAAAUGCAAGGAUACUCAGUCCAUUAUUGAUUUACUGAUGAUCCCGAAUUUACACGAACAAAGACUAUCCGUAUAUUCCGAAUACGAUAUCGAGUACGACGCCAACACCCCAGACGUUGGUCAACUUAGGUUGCUAUUCAUCAAGGUGUUGUCGGGCGAAAUCUCCAAGAAAGCUCUAGACGAGUUAUUCAGAGGAUUUUUCGAAUUGUACGAAGCCACAAGAAACAUGAACCCACUGUACCCUCAGGACUCUUUGAACGAACUACUAUUGAUGAUCUUGAAGGAGUCCAACAAGAAAGACAUCAACACGCUGCCCAAAUACAGAAGGUGGUUCCAAACCGUGUGCUUGCAAAUAAGCGCAAUUGCAGAGCACAGCGUCUUGGACCUCAUGCUCGGCCACAUAAUCCCGGACCCGGCGAACGACAGGGUGCUAACCGCCGUGGUAAAGAACUUUGUGCUCUUCUGGGUCACUCUGCUCCCCUACGUAAGGGAGAAGCUGGAUGAAAUUGUGGCGCAACGAGCCAGGGAUCGUGAGCAACCUGUUUCUUCCGUCCAAGACCAAGACCAAGACCAAGAACACGACGAGCAAGAAGCGGUAGUCAUCCCUGACCAAGACCCUACCGCUACGGGUGCGCAAGCCCACAUCUACGUCUCUGACGAGGACCGGUAA